AUGGAUAGGACCACAUUUCUUUGUGACCGAUCGGGCAUUUGGGCUGUUCAGUGGCUGGUUUCAUUUUCGUCCGAAUUCAUUGCGGUGAGGGUCUAUGAUACAGACCUUGCUUUUGUCCAUGACUGGAGUCAAUCCCCACGGAUCAACAAGAACGUUUCGUUGGCUAUCAAUCAAGAUAUCGAAUCUACCGAGCUCGGCGUUGAACAUUCUCUUGGUGCAACAAUAUCAUCUUUAUCUUGUGAUCUCUACAUCACAGCUUCGCGCCGCCUUCCUACUAUCAAAGAUCAGCACACUAUUGGUGGAGGAUCUAUUCAUUUGCGUCUUUACGCCGCGACUGACAAUCAUGACAUGGAAAUGACGCAUCAGUUUCAUCAGUGCAGAUCUUUCCAGAGCAAGGCAGCCGAGGUCAUGAGAAGGGUACUAUCUGAGACACGGCGUAUAUGCAGUCAAGUCUUAUCGUUGAUGCAACUCGUGGUUUUGCCACCGGUUGCGGAAGGCUUGCGGCUGAAGUUAGCUGACAUUCAGGGGAGGGAGAAAAACCACCUCGCUCGCUUGUUGUCCAGAGUUACACGCAAGUCCCGGAUGGCUUACGAUUACAAACAACUGUGCGCAUUUGCGGCUUCUGCAACGGAGCGGCUACCUCACGUAAACAUGCCGACACAUGGGCGCUCGCUGGUGGAUCGCGAGCCGUUUAAAGCCGACGCCCCGAGAAUGAAUGGCCAAAAGAAGGUUGGGUUCACCCAGUCUGCUUAUAAUUCGGGAUAUCGAGAUUUCAGUGUCAUUGUCAACGGUGAUUCCGAGAGACGAGCCGCUAGUUUAUCGAUUUAUUCUAGAAUAACACCCCUGGAACCUGAAUCAUGCAUCCGUACUAAGGCCGGGCACGAGCAAUCAAGUGACAUAUUGGUGGAUAAGGCUCGGCCCAGAAUGUUCGAAUUGGAUUGGCGUAAAGUACAGGAAUUCAAUGUUGAAACCAGAAUACAGGUAUUAACAAUCAGAACAUAUCAGUACAUUUGCAUGCAAAUGUAA